GCGGCGCGGAGGCGCUGGGCGCUCCGCAGGGGCGCGCGCGCAGCCGGGCGCAGAGCCCCGCGCAAGCCCACGCACGCACGCACGCGGAAGCGCACCCCGAGCUGGCGCGCGGCCCGUUGCCGCCGCCGAGGCCGCCCCGGCGCAGCCUGCAACAUGGCGCUGGUGCCCUGCCAGGUGCUGCGCGCCGCCAUCCUCCUGUCCUAUUGCUCCAUCCUGUGCAAUUACAAGGCCAUUGACAUGCCCGCGCAUCAGACCUAUGGAGGCAGCUGGAAAUUUCUGACCUUCAUAGACCUGGUUAUCCAGGCUGUCUUCUUUGGGAUCUGUGUCUUGACUGACCUGUCUAGUCUUCUCACUAAAGGAAAUGACAGUCAAGAGCAAGAGAGGCAGCUGAAAAAACUAAUUUCCCUUCGUGACUGGAUGAUGGCUGUUCUAGCUUUCCCUGUUGGAGUGUUUGUUGUGACAAUGUUUUGGAGCAUCUAUAUCUAUGACAGGGAACUGGUUUACCCAAAGCUGCUUGAUAAUUUUAUACCAGCGUGGCUAAAUCAUGGAAUGCAUACAACAGUUUUGCCCUUUGUAUUAAUCGAGAUGAGAACAACACAUCAUCAGUAUCCCAGCAGGAGCUGUGGACUGGCGGCAGUGUGUACCUUCGCUGUUGGCUAUAUUUUAUGGGUGUGCUGGAUUCACCACGUUACAGGAGUGUGGGUGUACCCACUUCUUGAGCACCUCAGCCCAGGUGUCAAAAUAAUCUUUUUUGCAGCUGUUACCAUAAUAAUUAACAUAUUCUACUUGGUGGGAGAGGUCCUGAACAACUACAUCUGGGAUACCCAAAAAUGUAUUGAAGAAGGAAAAGAAAAGCCAAAAUUGGACUGAAUAACAGAGGCAACAUGGAGGAUUGUUUAUGGCUCCAUGGAAGACUUCUCAUCCCCGACAGCGGUUGGCAUAGAGAGGAAUCUUUUGGAAAGGAGGAAGUUUAAUGGGCCCUCUGCUCAGUGCAAGGUUAUUUUUGAGUUUUAUAAGGAGGGAAAAUUAUUUUAGCUAAGAAUAAUAAUAAUAUUUCAACCUCCGUUCCUAUUUCUCCAUGUUUGCAUGUGACAUAAACAUAUAAGAUGUGUAUUUAUCUCCAUGGCAUUCUCAACAUACAUUUCUUGCAUCAAAUAAGUUAUUAAAUCAUUAAAUCUUUUCACUUUCACCAAGAAGAACAAUGAGUCCAUUCUCUGUAUUGUUUGAGAAAAACUUAACCAGAUAGGUCUAAUAUGGGGAACAAAACAAUCCUAUAUAUUUCAAAGUACAGUGUAAAAAUACAGUAGAAGUUAAUUGCAUGAAUGUAUCCAAAGGAGAAUUCAAUCUGGCUGAAAUAUUAAUGUAACACUAUGUAACAGCUGCCUUAAAUUGGUGAUGUUAAUAAUUUUAUCAGUCCAGUAAAAUCUUAUUUGCGGUGUUAGACUAUCUGAAUAUGGUGCAACUUUCCUUAAAAAUGCCUAAAUAAAGAUCAAAGUAUCCCUGCA